AUGGCGCCUGACGAUGGCCAUAUUCCAGGCCUUCCACAAGAGCUUUGGGAUAUCGUGGUCAGAGGACUGUCACCGCAGGAUAUCAAGAGCCUUCGCCUAACCUCCAAGGCUUUCAACUACACCACAUCGCCCUACUUGUUCACUCGAGUCUGCCUAUCAUCACAUCCACUGGACCUCGAUAUAUUCACCCGGAUCGCAAAGCACCCAGCUUUCCAUCAGAACGUACAAGAGCUCAUUUGGGACGACUCGACUUUCCGUCCCGACAUUGUGCGAUGUAGGCAACGAGACAAGAAUGGGACAAGCUUCUGGAAGCCGAUAGCGGAAAAACACCUUAAAAUACGGGAACUCAACUGGGACAAAUCGGCUCUUGAGCUCGCCCUCUCGCGUGGUCGAUUCCCAAAGCUCACAAAGGUUACAUAUGCCCUGAUAGCCUUCCGCAAAGACCUCAUAAAAAUUUUCGACCCCAAAACGACUCGUUUUCCGACACCGACAUGGCGCUUGUGGUACGAGCAAUAUUAUUCGCCUGUUGGAGAAGCCUUCAACCCAGCGCCCGACUUCCACGUAGGCUCAUGGCCCUCUGAUAUUGAUCACCGGACGUUUGAAGCGCAUCGCGGCCUCAGAAUACUCCGUGGGUGUUUCGAACGCUCGGGGCGGUCCGUCCCUACCUUAUCACUGGACCUUGGCGGCUACAGGCACCAAGGACCAACCUUAUUCCCUACCCUGUUCUGCGUAGGAGACAAUAAAUUCCAUCACUUGGUAGAUUUUGGCAAACACAUCCGACAAUUCAACAUCAAGUUCAGCAAUGGACAGGCCGUUUUCAAGACUCAGGGCCGCCAUCUUUUCUACACGCUCAAUACUAUGCAAAACCUCGAGAAAGUUACCAUCGAAACCCCCUGGGGCGACACCACAGUCCCUGGGCUUAAAGAUGCGUUGCUGAGCGAUUUGAGGCUGCCGAAGCUACACGCGUUCGCGCUAGAUGGGCUUGAACUCCAGCAUUCUGACCUGUUGAAGUUCCUAGCUCUUCAUAAGGAUACCCUUGGCUGGCUGUUUCUGAAAAAUUGCACUAUGUCUCAAUCGACCGAACAUUCAAAAGUCUGGGCCAGUGUUACCAAUCACCUCCGACAGAAACAAUUCCUGUACGAGGCCUGCCGUUUCGACGAAUGUUAUGAGCAGUGUCCGAUUUAUUCUUUCGACCCCUUCCCCUUGAGUAGGCGUCGAUGGGCUCGCGAUAACGCCGGAAAGUAUACUACCGGUCCGCUCGAGGAUUUCGAACGGUGGGCCUUUGCAGAGAACCUACAAAGGUAUAGAACUGGAGGACGCGGGAAGGACGAGCGGUACAUUACGGGGCCUGAAGGGGCCUAGCAAGUUGUUGUUGGAUCGUGCGAUAUCGAAAACAUACAUGUCUGUAGACACAAAUCUUAUAUCUGAACCAAGACUGCUCAAGUGUAAUAAGGCACCUUAAACAAUAAUGGACAAAAAUACAAAGAUUUACAACGAAGCGUCUUCCUUACUUUCCCCACCAACCUCUCCGUUAAUCAUUUUCCGAUUCCAUUCCUUCUCCAUUGCCUCCACUCUCUCCCACCCAUUCUUAUCCCCCUCUUUUUCCC